CGGUAAUUGAACCGGAAGCAUUACUGGGCCAUGUGUUUGGUUGUCUAUGAAAGAGUGGUACUAGUCUGUAGUGUGGCGUGGUUUCUAGAGUUUAAGUACCUGCUUCUGAUGAAAGAAAGAAAGAAAGAAAGAAAGAAAAAAAAAGAAAAUUUGGUACCCUCACCCCUCAGAAAAUCUGUUGAAUAUGUCUGGAGCCAAGGGAAAAAAGUAUGCAAAGAAAAUGAGGAAUCAGCCCAGCAGUGUCACCUUUCCUUCAACUGAUUUUGGACAAAAUAGUGGAGGCAGCUCUUCUCAGGACCGAACACAGAGGGGAAAUGAAGGAGACCCUCAAUAUCAAUGGCAAGGUGGUGCGUCUGGUGGCUUUCAGCAGCAGAGAGGUCACUGGUCACAGCCUCCAGGCCCCAGUCAUCAAGGCCAAUUCAGAGGGGGGUUCAGGGGUCAGCGUGGCAGGGGAGACUGGCAAGGGGGGCAGCGGGGUCAUCGGACUCACCAAGGGUACCAGAGACAUUCACAGGAACUUCCAAAAUUCAUAACAGCAUCCUCCUUUGCUCAGGCCCGAGCAGCAGAGGUCAACGCCAUGUUAAAAGCCGUCAAAAAUAAGAAUGCCAACUCGCAGGUCUUUCAGGCUCUACCCAAGCACAUGAGGAGGAGAGCUAUGAGCCACAACAUCAAACGUCUUCCCAGAAGACUCCAGACCAUAGCCAAGAAAGAGGCAGACAAGACAUCUCAGCAGAAAAAGGAAGUGUCCAAAACUAAAAGCCGCAAAGCUCGCCGGCGACACGGUAACCUGCUCCUGGAGUUUAACCGAAGGCAGCGGAAGAAUUUGUGGCUGGAAACCCAUAUCUGGCAUGCCAAAAGAUUUCAUAUGGUGAAAAAAUGGGGGUACUGUCUCGGGGACAAGCCCACUGCAAAGUGUUACAGAGCAUGUUAUCGAGCAAUGACAAAGCACUGCCUUCUCCAGGAUCUUUCUUACCAAUGCUGUCUGGAGCUGAGGGGAGCAGAGGAUGAUCUCUUGAAGGCACUUGCAAGGGUGACCAGCACAGAUAUGGGAGCGACAUUUGCAGCUGUAGCUUGCCUCUCUGGAAAGCGCCAGGGGUCCCUGGUUCUGUACAGAGCAGACCGCUAUCCAAAGGAGCCCCUGGGUCAAGUCACAUUUAUCUGGAAACCCAAGAAGGUGCCUUCUGAAGAGAGGCAGCUCUGGAUUUGGACUCACCCAACAUCUAAACAGGAUCUCCUGUCAGAACUGCUGUCAGUUUGUCAGUGCUCUGAGGCCAUUGAGCCAAGAGCGCCAAUCCCAGGACCUGCUACCUCAUCAUGGAAAGUGGAGCAAAAGGCUGAAGCAGAACUUUUAGGAAGAAAAAGGAAAAGAAAUGACAAGGAAGGGGAGGAAGCUGUAGCUGUGAAAAAGAUAAUUGGAGAUGGGACUAGACUGCCAAACCAGCCUGUGUCCUGGAGAUCAGAAACUACUGGAAUAGUUAUGAGUGACCUCACCAUGGAAAUUCUGAGAUACCGUCUCAUUGGGCCGCUUUCCCAUUGUGUUCUUGCAGAUGCUUUUAAACCAGCUUCAGACUGUAAAGAGCCUGAUGGUGUGACAGAAGGGCCCUGCUCGUGGUGGUUGAAGCACUGCAAGGAUGCAGACAAUCUAUCCAUUCAUCACCGUCAAAAAGACACCUUUCAGCUACUGAAGGGGGUUGGAUCCCCAGCGGAGAUCCCAGCAGGUACGGUUCUUGGACUCACUGUUGAUGACCCCAGACUGAACUUGCCAAACAAGAGAAGCCAAUCCAUGCCCGAUCCCUCACGGGUGCAAGAUUUGCAGAUCAGGCAGCUGACUCUGUCAGGUGUUGCAGCAGAAUGUGCCUGGAGCUCCAUCUGGGACCAAGCUGUCAGAGAUAAUGUUACUGAAAAUAAAAUUCCAGAGAAGGAACUGAACCACAUGAAGAGUGAACUCCUGGUGCCUGGUUCACACCUGAGUCUGGGCCCAAAGGACUCCAGGAUCCCCAUCUUGCUGGUGCAACAGCCAGGGAAGCAGACCGGAGAGGAGCUCUCGGGAUGGGGCAGUGGGUGGGAUGUUCUGGUUCCAAAAGGCUGGGGAAUGGCUUUCUGGAUUCCUUUUAUAUACAGAGGAGCCCGUGCAGGAGGGCUACAGGAGGGGCUCAAGCACUCCCAGAACAAAGGAGCAGCUCACUUCCCACAUGACUUCCCAGACUGCCCGGCUGGCAUGCGGUUUGCUAAGGAACAGGAGAAUGAACUCGCUGACAAAUUCAAAAGGCGUCCGCCUGCCAAAAGGCCCAAUUACAUUAAACAUGGCAGCAUUGCACCAUUUUGUUGCCCAUGGCAACAGUUAGCAGAGGAAUGGGAGAUAAUAGUCAAAGACUCUGGAGACGAGCAACCAGCUGCCUUGAAGGGAAGAGAGAGGCCUUUAUCUGCAGUUCAAGGCUGUGAAGAAGAACUUUUGAAAUCUGCUGAGUCACCAAGUAAACUAAGACUGGGUUUGCAGCUCGAGGGAAUUGAAGUAGAUGCUGGAGUUUCAGUCACCGAGAGCAAAAAGGCAUGUGCUGAAGGGAUUGGUGGCUUCAGGGUUCUAAGGAGCAGGAAUGUGCUCAGGCAGCUGUCCGUUUGGUGUCGACCUACAUCUGGAAAAGGUCAAAGGGGGCAACGACUUGUGCCUUCCUUCCAGCAGGAGUUGACCCCAGAGUCUGCUGUAUCCGUCUCUGCCGCCAAUCCCUUAUCUCUUGUCUGGGCCAGGCUGACUCUCUUAAAAAAGGGCAGCCCUGCACUGCAUGCAAUGAUUUCCAUCCCAACCGCUGAGGAUUUUGAGCAGCUCAGCAAAGACCCAGCCUACUGCGGGCCCCAAGAGCCGAAACACAGGGAUCACUUCAAGCACAAGAUCAAACAAAUCAAGAAAAGCAAGAAAAAGAAGCAGCCCCCUGCUGAAGAGACUUCUGAAGGUUACAAAACCAGCUCCCCAGAUGGUGGCGUUUGUAGUGAUCUCACCUUGGGCUUGUGGCCGGAGCCCCUGCCCAGCGUCACCUCCCACUGCUCCAGAGUUACCAUCGGAUUUGUCACGCAGGGAGACUUCUCUCUCGCUGUGGGCUGUGGGGAAGCCUUGGGUUUUGUUAGCCUGACAGGACUGCUGCAUGUGUUGUCCCGUCAACCAGCCGAUAGGAGGGGACUGGUGUUGAUGAGGAACGCUGCUUCGCUGCAGUACAGAUUUGCUAAACUUCGCAUUGAAGUGUGAAGAGGGAGGGCAGGCUUAUUUCUUUAACCAGUAAUUAAAUUAAUUUAAGGUCGAGAGUGUAGUUCACCAUUCCAAUCAAAUCCUUCACCCGUCUGAGAGACUGCCAGUCCCCCACAAGCCACCAGAUCAAGAAAUUGACCUACCUAAGACUGCCUCCAGAGUAUAAAGAUGUAUUUACCCUGGCUACAUGCAUGCAUUCAUCCUUCUGGAUAAUCGCUAGAACAAGCAUGCACAGACAGAUGCACAUCUUGCUGUUAAACAAUAGGGUCAUUCCAGCUCAGGUGGACCAAAGGUUGUAAAAUUGCUCAUUUUGGUGACCUUGGACACUUGAUUGUUUUCUGUUUCUGCCUUCACUUCAGUGCCUUCUGUUCACUGGGUAGUACAGCUGUAGAUAUUAAGCUCUUAACACAUCUUUGACUUUCAGGUAACCAGCGGGAGCAAGUGACCUUCCAUUUAAACUCUGAACCCUAAAGCACGGCCAUGGCCCUCACUAAAUUCUGUAAUCUGUAUUUUGAUCUUUUUGGUUAAGGUAUUCUAAGUUUUGUGGUAACACUUGCGUUUAAGGAUCUGUUAUAAACAGUCAAUAAAUCUCUGUGUUCUAAAGGAUGUUCCAAAUAUUAGGGUGUUGUUAGUAACCAACAACCAAAGUUAACCGAUGUAUUGUAUUCACAAUAAAAUCUCUUAAAUUACUUUUAACAUGACUUGAAGCUUUACAAGCAGUGUGUUAUUAAUGGAAUUAACAGUUAUUCAGUGUAAAUAAUCAUUCCAAUGUUUAUUAACACAUUUACAGCUGUCUUAUAAAUGGAUCCUUAAAGGUUACUGUGUUUACAAGGAAGAGAUUUACCUUUGCUCUUAUCCCAUGCUGUGUAUUUUGCAAAAACAUUUUUUAGACAUAAUCCUGAUUUUGUUUGUUAUACACACCUUCAUGAAUCCAGAUCAUGCUAACCCCUCAACACUGCUUGUCAUUUUCUGAUCCCACAAUACGCUGUUCUUUUAAAGAGCACCGCCAUUGUUGUUGGAGGGAGCAUGAACUGGUUACACUAUGAUGCUCAUAAGAGCAUUUCUCUUUUCUCCCAAGUAAUAUUGGGCAAUGUAGUCCCAGUUGAUUUGUGACAAUACAUAUCAAAACAAUAGGGAUUAUGUUUAAAAUUACAUAUUGCUGUGAUACAGACAACUCAGGAUGCGGUAAAGUAAUACAUUUCCUGAAGACACUGCAUGGUUGGUAUUAAUAAAGGGUGUUUUUUUUUUUUUUUUUUAUAUAUAUAUAUAUAUGUCGAAAUUCUGUCAGACUGUGAAAUUUGUUCUAUUAUAAAAUGAAAAAAAAAGUGAGAAGUUUUUCAGUCUGGUUAAACCUAAGUUAAGUUGUAUAAUGUUUCAACAUUACUUGAUGAAUACCUUUAUUUCAACAAUUAAAUUCCUGCACCAUUGAA